AUGUCUAAUAGUUCCUCUCAUGGUAUCUUCUUCGUCUCAACAAUAUCGUCAAACCCAUGUGCUGAAAGGCUUGGUUCUCUCAUGUUCUCGCUUGCCAAGAACUUCAUUAUAUUCUUGGCCAUGGUGAUUGUUUGCAAUGGCUUCCAUUAUCUGCUCAAGCCUUAUUCAAUGCCUCGUAUUAUUUCCGACAUUCUAGUUGGUAUAAUUGUGGGAAACAUUGGUUUCCUACGUGACAUAUACGAAGAAUUCAACAAGACCUUCGGAUUCAUAAUCGAUUUUGUGAUGAUGUUUUAUAUGUUUGCUCUUGGAAUAGAAAUGGAUCCUUAUGCCAUCUUCAAGCAACCAUCUCGCGACGCUCAAAUCGCCUACGCCGGAAUCCUCUCGACUUUCAUUCUCGGCUGCUUCACCACACCACUCUUCGACUUCUUCUCCGGCAAACACAAACUAUACUUCACUCUCUGUCUCUCCACUCUGCUCGCCGGCACAGCGUCCCCGGUGUUGACGCGUCUGAUCACCAGCCUCAAGAUCAGCAAGUCCGACAUCGGGAAACUCGUCAUCGCCGCCGGCAUGCACUCCGACUUCCUCUGCUCUCUGCUCCUCUCCAUCGGCUACAUCGCCAUGCCGUUGCCGGUGUUCUGCGAGAACGAGGUUUACCGGAAGAAUGACAGUGGGAGAGCACGAAUUAAACUGUCCAUUGUUAUGGGAUGUGCAGUGCUAGGGCAAGUGUUGUUCACGGCGACGGUUUCUCCGGUGAUGAUGAGAUGGGUCAAUAAUGAAAACCCAGAAGGUAAACCAAUGAAAGGUGCUCAUUUGGUGCUUUCGGUGGCGUUUAUGGUGUUGAUCUGUGCGUCUUCCACACUGUAUGAUUACAGUCCGAUUCUGAGUGCGUUCAUGGCUGGGAUUUGCUUGCCACGUGAAGGGAGGUUAUCGAAGUGGGUUAUAACGAAGAUAAAUUAUGUGUUGACUUCGAUUUUCUUUCCUAUAUUUUUCUUGUGGAUGGGUUAUGGGGCUGAUUUUAGGAAGUUUGAGGCUGGGAAGUUAGCGACAUGGAUAAGGUUGUUGAUGCUGGUGGUCAUAGGAAUGGCUAGUAAAGUUGCUGGAACUGUUAUUUCUGGUGCCAUGUUGGGUUUUAAUUGGCCUGAUUCUGUUGCCAUUGGCUUGCUUCUCACCGCCAAGGGUCAUUUUCACAUAUACUUGGCCAUCAAAGUGAUGAAAUGUGGGGGCAAUACUACAACAGGAAUUGAGAUGAUAAUUGCAAUCUUUUUCACAGUUCUUCAUUCCCCAUCAGUGGUAGCUCACAUCAUCAAGCGAGCCAGAAAACGAGCUCCUACACAUCGCAUGGCCCUCCAGCUUCUAGAUCCUUCAACUGAACUCAGAAUCCUUCUCUGCGUUCACGGACCAGAAAACGUUCCUGCAUGCAUCAACUUCAUGGAGAUUUCACGUGGAACGACGGAACCAGGAAUGGUCGUUUAUGUCACUGACUUGGUCGAACUCACCGACGAGCUAGCGGCCGCCAGCGAAGGAGGAGAUAAUAAUAGUAAUAAUAAUACGGUGGCUCUAAACGACAAGAACAUUGCGGCUAAGAGAGAGAUAGUGACGAACUCGUUUCAGGUAUACAUUGACGAGGAAGGCGAUGGGAUUACUCUGAAGAGAUCGAUGGCGGUGUCCACGUUCAUCAACAUGGCACGUGACAUCUGCUCUUUAGCUGAGGAGCUCAACAUUACCCUCAUGGUAUUGCCGUUUCAUAGGAGACAACGUGAGGACGGAACGCUUGAUGGAGGCAAUCCUGGGUUCAGGCACGUUAAUCGAAAGGUUCUGAAAAGUGCGCCAUGUUCGGUGGGGAUUCUAGUGGACAGAGGUCUAGGAUCCAUCGAAAAGAUAAAAAGAGCCACCGUUUCAAUCAACGUCGCUGUCAUCUUUGUCGGCGGCAAAGACGACAGAGAAGCGAUUGCCUACGCCGGCCGAGUAGCGCGGCAUUCCGGCGUCAAACUCACUGUCAUAAGGCUUCUAGCAGACACCACAGGCGAUGCGACCAAAUUCUCCGGCCCACUGAGCGUGAACUUGUCGGAGCAAGAGCAAGAAAUGGCAUUAGACGACGAGUGUUUCGCUCAGUUCUACGAGCAACACAUCGUCGGAGGUCGAAUCGCGUACAUGGAGAAGCAUCUGGCGAACUCAGCGGAGACGUUCUCGGUGUUGAAAUCGUUUGAAGGAAGGUACUCGCUGGUGAUCGUGGGGAGAGAAGGAGGAGUGAAUUCGAUAUUGACGAAAGGGAUGAAUGACUGGCAACAAUGUCCAGAAUUGGGACCCAUCGGAGAUGUUCUUUCAGGUCCAGAUUUUUCGAUGACGCUUUCAGUUUUGAUCAUACAGCAACACAAGCUUAAAGGAGAACUUGAUGGAUUAGACGAUGAUUUCACUGUCAUGAUGUAAAUGCGUUGGAUUAGUAUUUAGUAGAAUGUAUGUAUAGUGUCAGUACGUGAAAAUUAUAUUGUAGAUAAUUUUCUUAAAUCUUUUCGCAGUAUUAUGUUAUAUGCAUCAA